AUGCCUCGUUGUACGGUAGUUACAGGUGACGGUCACACAGUUGUGACCGGAUGGCCUCCAGAUAAUGAGGAUGGUGCCUCGACUUCUUCCAGCCCAUCUUUAUCUCCACCAUCAUCACAAUCAUUCAAUUCACCCACAAGGAAAUUGUUGCCUAAGAAUAGACCAAGUAAUCGUUUAUGGUUUCUCCAUAAACAGUUGACAUUACCCGUUUGGGCGGUUGUGCUUCCAUCGGCUGUUCUGUUGCUUUUGAUUGGAAUUGUCUUUGGGCUAUUGCAUCUUCGAAUAGAUCAUCUAGAGCGACAUUUUCUUCAUUCUUCGUCAAAUGAGGUUUCCAUUGGUUUGGAUUCUCCAUCGAACACCACUGAAGCUUUCACAAGAAAGCCACGAGCUGUCCGAUAUGAUCGAGCCCACAAUUGUGUCUGCCCGCCAGGUCCAAAGGGCGACGUUGGACCACCGGGACCACCCGGUCUUGCGGGACUUCCAGCUCCAUACUAUGCUCGGAAGAAGCAGCACGAACAGCAACUUCAACCAACUUCUUAUACACGUCUGGAUCCAGCGAUGAAGCGAAAGUUGAGAUCUUUUGGAUUUCUCUAUUCCCCGGAUGGACAAGCGAUUCAAUUGAGAGGGCUUCCCGGACCGCCAGGACCGCCCGGUUCAAAGGGUCAACGUGGUUAUCCCGGAUUUCCAGGUCCAAUUGGAUUGGAUGGACCACGAGGAUUGCCUGGAGUUCCUGGAAUAAAGGGUGAUCGAGGAGAUCGUGGAAAUCCAGGACUCCCAGGUUUAUCUGGACCAAAAGGAGAUAAAGGAGUUUGUCUAAAUACGCCGAUGACUACUGGCCCAAUGCUCGGAUCUCCAAUGUUGGUGGCUGGACCACCUGGACUUCCAGGUCCACCAGGAAAAUCCGGUCGCGACGGUUUAGAUGGAUUAAUUGGGCCAAAGGGUGAACGAGGAUUGCCUGGAUUUGAUGGAGAAAGCAAAGUCGGUCCAAAAGGAGAUCCCGGAGAGCCAGGUCGAGAUGGACUUGCCGGGCCACGAGGGCCACCCGGUGAACGAGGGCCUAAGGGUGAAUCAAGCACAAUCCAGCAACAAGCUUCGCAGUGGCUUCUUCCGGGUCCUGUGGGUCCUCCAGGUCCUCCAGGUACCCCGGGAGAGCCAGGCCUUCCUGGGCUCUGUACCCAGGGCAGCAAGGGUGAAAAGGGUGAACGAGGUGAAAGAGGAAAUAUCGGGCAACCAGGACAACCAGGACAAGCCGGAUUUAUGCAAAGUGGAAAAAUGGGAAGAGGAGAUGGACAGCCUGGACCUCCUGGACCACCGGGGAGAGAUGGAAGAGAUGGGGAGAAAGGCGAAAAGGGCGAUCCGGGAAAUCAGGGAAAAAUGGGGCCAGAAGGGCCAAUCGGGCCACCGGGAGAGGCUGGCAAGAAGGGACGACGUGGUAAACCAGGUCUUCCAGGCCCACCUGGCUCGAAUCAGUUGGGUAAUGUCGAUGAUUUGGUUAAAGAGAUCCUACCAGCGAUCAAAGAGAAGUUAACGGAACUCCGAGUGAAACACGGAUACCCUGGACCACCAGGAUUGCCAGGACCAUUGGGCCCACCAGGCACAAAGGGUGACCGAGGACCACAAGGAUUGCCUGGACAUCAAGGAGAGAGAGGAGAACGAGGAGAUCUGGGAGCACCAGGAUUACCCGGGCAACCCGGUCAAGUGCUGGAAGUUUCUCCAUCAACGAGUGACGGUAAAGGAGUGAUGGGACCUCCUGGGCCACCGGGGAUUCCCGGUUUACCGGGAACACCUGGGGAAAGAGGAGAGAAAGGAGAUAGGGGUGAUGGAUUGCCAGGACACCCAGGAAGUCUUGGUUUACCGGGUCCUCCCGGUCCGAUGGGACUUCGAGGUCCACCAGGAGCUGAAGGAAAGCUAGGAAAACAAGGACCAACAGGCCCAAAGGGAGAUCCAGGGAUAAUGGGUGCUCAAGGCCAAAUCGGUCAACCAGGCUCACCCGGAGAGCCAGGUUUACAAGGAGAAAAGGGUGAUCAAGGGAUUCCCGGUUUGGAUGCUCCUUGCCCGAUUGGACCCGAUGGUUUACCGAUGGAAUUCUGUGCAUGGAAGAACGGUGAUAGUUCAAAUGUUCGCACACAUUAUGGAAUCCAGGGGAGUCUUGGGAUGGAAGAGAGCGGCGUUCGGUAUGAAGAAGUUGAAAAGAGAAUUGUU